AUGAUCGUCAACCGCACAAUAAACAACAGCACAAACUUCACUGUCACCAUUACUAUCGACAACUCAAUUUUCUUAUCAUCAUCUCUACCCACAGAUGCGGAAUUCGGCACAUUUUCGUUUGAGGUUCCUCUUUUCGUCCAAAAAUGCAUGCUCGCUUUUAUACUUGCAAGCACCCUUGGUACUUUCAUCCUCGCGAUAUUGAUAUUACAUGAGGAAUACCUUUUACUCAGGGUGAUUACGUAUAUAGAGUUCAAGUUAGGAAUUGUGAGAGUGGAAACACUAGAGGAGAAUGAGGAAGAGGAAGAUGAAGAGGAAGAGGAAGAGGAAGAGGAAGAGAAAGAGGAAGAGGAAGAGGAAGAGGAAGAGGAAGAGGAAGAGGAGGAAGAGGAGCGGCCAUUGAAAGACUACAAUAUCUCCUACCUUACAUUUAGAAGAGAAGAGGAAGUGAAGGUAUUCUAUUUCUGGGGGUGGAGGAAGGAGCAAUGUUUGCCAACUUCCCUCGUCUUCACUCUUCGACUAAAAGAGGAAAGAAAGCUUCAGUUGAAAGGAUAUGAUGGGUCAGGAUGGGAAAGAAAAUUGAAGGAGUGGAUAUGUUUGAAUUUGUUUAGCCUUAGGAAGGAAACGGAGAGAUAA